AUGUCUCGCACACUGUGCGUUUUGGUGGUUGCCCUCGGGCAAACAGCCGUUGCCUUUGACUCGUCCAUGUUGAUCACCAGCAGCGGAGCCGUUUCAGGUUCUGAUGCCGCCAGUUUCCUGCAGAAACCUGUGGUCACUGGAGAGGACGCCACUGAUGGCGCUGACGAGACAGCCGAACCAGUGCACGUAAUUGGCCUUCGCCGUGAAAGCGUCCCCAUCUACCGAAUGGGGAAGAUUGCCUCGUUCAAGACAUCCUACUCUGGAGUUGUCAGCAUUGGCUACCCGCCGCAGGACUUCCGUGUGGUGUUCGACACUGGCUCCGCUCACAUUAUCUUACCGGCCGUGGAGUGUCACACGGAGGCCUGCCUAGCCAACAAUCGCAGGCUGUACAACCAGGCCGCGUCAACGACAGCUCUGCCCAUCAAUGCAGACGGCAGCAUCGUUCAUGAAGGGGAUGAGGGAGAGCAGGUGACUAUCGGCUUUGGAACUGGCGAGAUUACCGGCGAGUUCGCCAAGGACACGGUUUGCAUGGGCAAGGGCCAGACGGCCGACGAACAACGCGCGCUUCUGGCAGAAGCUCGAAGACAGAAGGAAAUCCUGGCGCUAAUCAAGCAGGAGACCAUUGUCCACGAUUACUUGGAGGACGAGGACGUAACAGCCACUGAGGGAACGGAAGUGGUGGCGGACCACAGCCCGACGUGCGUCGAGAUGAACAUCAUAGUAGCAGUGGAGAUGUCCACUGUGCCCUUCAAGACCUUUAAAUUUGAUGGCAUCCUCGGCCUCAGUUUGGACGGCCUGGCGAUGAACCGGAAUUUCAGCACCUUCGACAUGCUGGUGCGCAAUGGCCUGGCACAGAAGCCUCACUUCGGGGUAUUCCUGACUGAUAAUGAGGACGUGGAGCCUUCUGAAGUGGCAUUUGGUGGCGCUGACUCCCGGCGCAUGCUUGAGCCAGUGAGCUGGAGCGAGGUCUACAUGCCCGAGCUUGGCUACUGGAUUGUGCCCAUUCUGGCAGUGCGCGUCGGCGGCGUGGAGAUGGACUUUUGCAAGGAUGGUACCUGCCGCGGCGUCGUUGAUACUGGCACCAGCCAUCUGGGCGUCCCGGGACCGCACGACAAGGAGCUUGCGCAGAUGCUGCAGGUUGAUGCAGGCGAUCUCCUUGACUGCCGCCUAGCCAAGAGCCCUACGGUGGAGAUUGAUUUGCCUGGAAAGACGAUCGAGCUGCUUCCGGCAAGCUACAUGCGAAGACUACCGCUCCGCGAGGGUGUCUCCGUAAGCUCCGACAAAGGAGUGACGGUGGAGGAGGACAACGAGAAGAAGCGAAAGACCUCAAAGGCUAAGGCCGCCUUGCGGCCGGGCUAUCACAUCGUGCACGUGGGAGCAAACAGGAACAAUUCCGCGAAAUGCAUCAGGCCGCCACACACAGUGCAGUGCCACCCCGAAGCCGCCAACCGGCGUAGUGACAUCUACAAUGACAGGUUCCUGGUCACCGCAAAAGGUGAAGAGAUCUGUGUCGAGCGCGUGGAUCAACCGGGAGCUUGGGGUUUAGAUCUGGAGUUCCUUUGCCCAAAUCCAACCACGGCCAACUUGGAGGGGCCAAAGCAGAAAGGAGUUGAGGCCAUCUUCCUCGGCCGACAGGAUGGCAGCGAGAAGUGCGUGCAGCCAUUCGCCGAGGUGAAGUGCGAGGACACGGAGCAGUUCGUGAUUCGCCAAAAGGACACUCAGAUCUGUGCGACCCCGCGGGGUGUUCCGAACGAGAUCGAAGAGGCUGACCUCGUCCUUCGAUGUAAAGAGGUGGCCCAUGUCGGCCUGGAGGGUAUGGAGGAAUUGGUGAUUGGCAGCCACUUCGGCGAGGCCUUCGAGAAAUGCGUCCGGGAGUGA